GUACUGACCCUUGGACUUGAUCUCAGAUACUGACUACACUCUGAUAUUGGAGGGAUUGAUGGACAUGUAUAGCUGUGCACUGUUGCAAUUCAAAGGCACCGAACAGCAGCGGAAUCCAGACAUUUGAGUCGAAAAAUAGCAACGCUGGCUCGUACAAAUACCUCUGACGCUGCGAGUUUCCCAAGAGCAUUAUCCUUCUUGAGCGCCAGAACAACUCAUGGCUACGCUUCUCGCAUUUUCUGCGGCCUUGGCCUCCGUCUAUGGCGUCUCGGCGGCGUCCUCUCCUUACGCUUCCGUCACUGCCAGCCAAUGGGCUGCUCUGAACUCAUCCGUCAAUGGUCGACUUGCUACUUCCGUGCCCAUUGCCCAGCCAUGCUUCGAUGCGUACUCUGGGAUAGUUAACUCCAAUACACUGGCCCCCGACUCAGAGGCUUGCUCUGAAGUCCAGUCCUUGUGGACCAAUACGACAUACCGGGUCACGCAAUUCGGAACGUAUGAGCAAAUUUGGAGUGAAAGACUUAACGGGUCUGCUUGUGACCUUGAUGCUCUCGAUCCUACCGACCCCGCGGCGAUGAACCUCACCUGCACUCUGGGAUCCAUCCCACCAUACUAUAUCGACGUAACCUCCCCAGAAGAUAUCCAAGCGGCGUUGACGUUCUCUAACCAAACCGGUGUGCCUAUCGUGAUUAAGAAUACCGGGCAUGACUACCUCGGACGGUCAUCUGCUCCCGGAUCACUGGCUCUGUGGACAAAGAACCUGCUCAACCAAACCUUCUCCGAAGAGUUCGUUCCUGAAGGGUGUAAUGCAAGUGUUGGCCGUGCCCUGACUAAUGGCGCUGGUGUGACAUGGAUCGAAGCUUACAAAGUCGCGGACGCAAAUAACGCCACAGUUGUGGGCGGUGCUUUCCCAACCGUGGGUGCCAGUGGGGGUUGGCUCUUCGGUGGCGGCCAUGGCUUCCUCACUGGAGUCAAUGGGGUAGGAGCAGACUCCUCGUUGCAGUUCAAGGUCGUCACACCGGAUGGCGUAUAUCGCAUUGCGAACGCUUGCCAAAAUGAGGAUCUCUUCUGGGCUUUGCGCGGUGGCGGAUCUGGCUUUGGCGUUGUCCUUGAGAGCACCAUUGCUGCUCACCCAGCUUAUGACAUCAAAAUCGCAGUUAUCGAGAUCCAAAAUAUCACCCUCGAUGCUCAGUUUGAAGUCUUCCGCGUCUUUGCUGGUCUCCGUGAACAACUUGCACAGGAGGGCUGGGGUGGUGCUUUCCUCCCUCAGUACACCGAUGGUACCAUGGCGGUCACCAUGAUUAACCCUACCCUCACCGAUGAGCAGGCUGCUGCGACGUUCGCUCCGGUCAUCGACUACGUCAACUCCAUCAACGGCACGGACGGAAUCCUCGUCACCGCCAACGGCUUUGUUCCAGGCGGAUCUUACCUCUACCUCCAGGAGAACUACAUCUCCACGGUCCCCGUUGGUCUUGGCGCCUUCAUCGGUUCCCGUCUCCUUCCCCUCUCUUCGUUCACCUCCAACUCCUCCCUGGACGAACUCAUCACCGCCAUGAAGUCCGGUCUCGAAAAGGUUGGCCCUGGUGAAUGGCCUCCCAUGGAAAUCCUCAUGGACACGCCUUUGCUCACGCCGGACAGCAACAACGAGACCAGCGUCAACCCGGUCUGGAGGUCCAGUGCGUUUGUGAUGGUCUACGGGGUCAGCUACGAGUAUAAUGCGACGGCUGCGGAUGAGUUGGCGUUGAUGCAGACGGUGCAUGAUGCCUUGGACUAUGUUCGGGCUGUCACCCCCGGAAGCGGGGAGUACAACAACGAGGCGGAUAUUCUCCAAGAGGACUGGCAGGAAGCAUACUGGGGCGUACAAUACCCUGCUCUCCUGGCGAUCAAGCAGAAGUACGACCCGUAUAACCUCCUCACCGGCUGGCAGUACGUCGGUUUCGACAAGGGCAACUCGAUGUUCGACAGAUACAAUAUCUAGACGCUGUCGUCCCCCCUUACUUUCGAUGAUCUGACUCUCAUUACAUGCACUUCAUUCCACGCUCUUUCGCAAUUAUUUAUCGUGUUAUAUAGGGCUCUUACUGUAGGUUUCUAGCUGCGGUAAUUAGUUUGAAAUAUAUUUAUCAAGGUCUUGCCCUGUCAUUCA